AUGGUAGCGCAAGGCUCACGAGCCAAGCCCACCAGGCGCUUGAAAGGUGGCACCGAAACCACCAAAACACACCGAUUCGAGGGCUUUUCAUCACGUAUCGCAAAGCUCAAAAUCGACCCGAUCCACCGAGUGCGCCGGGCGAGCUUUGGUGAAGAUGAUGGCGAGACAACCUCUUAUUUCCGGUCGGCCCUCGACCACUGGGUUGAUAUGAACCUGUCAGACAAUUUUACGCAAUUUACCCGUCGUGUCAAUGCCCUCUCCGAGAGUCUCGGCCAGAUUGUAUACCAUGAAGAGAAGAUUAUGGCCUUGUUGGUGGAAUUUAUUGAGAAACGAGACCAGAACUCUUUGGAGCCACUACUGAGUCUGCUUGCACAAUUUGCCCGAGAUCUGGGAGUUCGUUUUGAGAAGCACUUUGCUACCUCCGUCACGUUGGUUGCAUCUGUGGCCGCUACACACCCAGAUGUCGAGGUCGUCGAAUGGAGCUUUACAUGUCUUGCAUGGAUCUUCAAGUUCCUUUCACGGUUGUUGGUCCCCGAUCUACGCCAACUGCUGUCGAUUAUGACUCCUUAUCUCGGCAAGGAGCGACAGAAGCCCUUCGUUGCUCGAUUCGCCGCCGAGUCGAUGUCCUUCCUGAUCCGCAAAGCCGGCCUCGUCUACUACAAAAACAAGACACCACUCGAGAAUGCCGUUUCCUUCCUCUUCGAAGAUAUCAUAAAAACCGCCGAUGAGGGGAAGACCAUCGACUCAUACAAGGAAGGUCUGAUGGUCAUGUUUGCGGAUGCCAUCAAGGGUGUCAACCAUGGCCUCCACUCCAAUGGAGUCGACGUCCUCCGUUGUGUCUUGGACCAAGUUCCUCCAACAACUGCGAGCAACCGAGUUCCUGCAGAGGUCGCCGCUGGAGUCGUGAUCAAUCUCAUUCACCACACUACGCCCGAGACAUUCGGACCUAUCAUUGACACCGUCAAGGAGUACAUCGAUAUUCGCUCCAAGGAUGGUCAAAAUCCUAACUUCCCACAGUGCUGCCGCUUGAUCUUCGUUUGCGUGGCAACUCGCAAGGCCUCCAGGAUCAGAGAUUGGAAGACCGUUCAUCAAACACUUGUGUUGCUCCUCAAACAGGCCGCGGCAAGCCCUGAUGAUCAUUCGGAGGCAAUUCCCCAGCUACUUGGAGCUGUUGCAUAUGCCCUUCAGUUGUCGCCAAUGGAUGAGAUGCUGCCUUUUAUACGCUCUUACAUGGAUCUGGUAUCUACCGGGCCGCUUUCAAAGUACUUCCUAUUCUUCUGUACCACAUUUUCGGAGUGGGGCUCUGAGCGUUUCCAGAGUCUGCUGGUACCUUACUUCCAGAAGUUCAUGAACUCUUCCUGGAAAGAGCAUGAGUUCGAGAUGUGCCUGGCUCUUCUCAAACUCCAAGAGGCUGGUUGUAUCACACCGGAGGUCUCAAGGCCAGGUUAUGUGUCCUGUCCUGAUGGUUUGAAGACCCGCAUCUACGACUCUUUGGUUUAUCCUGCCAAGGAUCAAACUAUUUUGAAUGCUCUGGUGAAACUUCCCAAGGCGAUUUCUCUAUUUGCAGACCCUGCUACAUUGUCGAAGAUUGUCAAAAAGCUGCACGAUAACAUUCUGUCUGCGAUGAGAGAUGCUGCCUCCGAGACGGACAGCGAGAAGAUCGAUGGGUUUACCUUCUAUCUUGGGCAAGGAUUCAAGACCUAUGUCGAGCUGGCAAAAGAGGCUGGAGAGCUUGACUCGAGUCUCUGGCAGCAUAUUCUCGCUGCCUCCACCAGGUUUUCCCGCCUGCCCCUCUUCCUCGAAGGAGUUCUUACUUUCGUGUGUGCUGUGCAGAGGCAGGAUUCGGAGCCUGAAACCUCUUCAGUGGAUGAGUUUGCUGCCAAUCUCAUUCUCAAUUUGGCCGGCCCAUCUCAUCGACUGAGGUUCGUUUCUCUACAAAUCCUCCAGCAACUGAUUGUUCAGUAUGCCAAAGAAGACCACUCGGCAGUCACGCUAGCCAUCGAGGUGGAAGAAACCCCUCUGACUUUGCAGAGUGCGAGAACUGUUCAGAUGCACGUUCGUAAGCUGGCGCUUCUCUACCCACAAAUCGCUUCUCGCAAAUGGAUGGCCACUUUGAUUCCAUACUUCUGCUUUGGUCUGUUCUCGAAGAAGCUAGCGCCCCUGUGGGAUGACUCUGCUGCGGCCUUGAAAACCAUCAGUGAACACCCGGAAGGGGAGAAGAUUGUCUCGGAUUUGUCUAUCCAGUGGCUGCAGGAGCGGGACUCUGACGCUGCUGGGGAUGAGGAGCCAGAAGAGGAUAAAGAUACCAAUUUUGUGGCCAAUGAUUAUGAGUGUUUCAACGUCAACAACAUCGAGCGCACUGUCGGAACCAGCUGGAACGUCGCGCAAUCUCCAUCCAUCACCCUCGCCCAGCAAUUCCAAAAAGAACACAAGAUUGCUGAUCUUGUCCCUGCUUUGCCUCGGAGCCAUGCUUUGCAAGUCCUGAACGCUGCCCCCAAUGUUGCCGAGAAGCGAUCUCGCCAAAUCAUCCCCCUGUUCCUGUCCUGGGCUCUUCGUGAUGACCAGGAUGACGCUCCUGCUCCGGAUGCUAAGACUGAAGCUGAUGACUCAGAAGCGCCAAUCCGAUGGGGAUUCAAGGACCGUUUGGCUAUGCUUGCCUUGUUCGGUCAAUUUGUGAACCCCAAGGUCCUUUACAGGGCUUCAGAGGUCCACGAAGCCAUCAUGGGUCUCCUUUGCCAUGGUAACUCGGAGAUUCAAAAGGCUGCUCUCAAAGCUCUCUUUACCUGGAAGAAUGCUCAUGUCAACCCCUACCAAGAGAACUUGCUCAACAUUUUGGACGAGUCCAGGUUCAAGGACGAGCUGAUGGUCUUUGUUCGUGUUGGUGGUGAGGACAGUUUGAUCGAGCAGGAGCACCGUCAAGUUCUGAUGCCAGUGCUUCUGCGAUUGCUGUAUGGUCGCAUGAUCUCCAAGGCGGGUGCUAGCUCCAGCCAAGCCGGUCAAUCUGGCCGCCGCAAGACCAUUCUGCGUACCCUGUCGCACCUUUCCGAGGAGGACUUCAAACUCUUCAUCAACAUCUCAUUCGGCCCCCUUGCCGAAGUGGCGAUUGCCAACGACGCGGAAACCGAUGAAAAGGCUUUCAUGGAGGAGUUGACAAGCCCAAGGAGACAGCUUGGUCUGCUCAAAAUGAUCGACACCGUUUUCGACACCCUGCAGAGUCGCAUGGCCUCCUACACCACUCAGGCCAUGAAUGUGAUCAUCUACUGUUUGGUGCGAGCAUGCAAAUCUCUCUACGACGAGAAGAGCGCUCUGUAUGUUGAUCGCCAGGACGAGCGCAUGCUAUCUAUUUUCCAGAACAUUCGCCAAUCAUGUAUCCGAUGCCUGAGCUUGGUGUUCUCGGUUUCAUCCGAUCGGGAUUGGACUUCGUAUGUAGAGAUCAUCUUCCGUGAGCUCAUCGACAACAGAUUGGAGCAGUUCCCCAUCGAGACCGCACAAGGUGUUUCUGGACUGCUUCGGCUGUUCCACACUUGGGCUUCUGCUCCUCGAUCAACCUUUUAUCUGGUGAACCACAACAAGGACGUUCUGACCAAGGUUAUCGACGUCCUUGCCGUCGAAUCUGCUCGUGAUGAGGUCAAGAUCUUCGUGUUGGACGAAAUUCUUGUGCCCUUGGUCAAGCUGGCUAGCGGUAUAAAGCUCAAGGAUGAUGACGAAGAUGAGGCUAUGCCAGAUUUCCCACCGGAGCAGAUCCGCUCCGAGGUUCUUUCCCCUUACCUUGAGCAUGCCCUCUCCCAUCUCGGUCGCCUUCUGAAGAGAGGUCCCUCUAAGCCUGUUCUGUUCUCAGGUGUCACUGCCCUGUCUCUUACAGCUCCUUGUGUCGAGUCCUCUGGUGAGACCUCUUCUCUUAUCAGCAUCGCGACGUACCUGCUUCGUCAGCCCCCAGACCGUGUCAACCCCAAGACCAAAUCUGGCCUCUUGCGGAUUCUCGAGCACUUCCUUCCUCUGUACAGCCCCAAGGAGGAUGUCGAGCUCUCCCAACAAGUAUUCGAGGCUGUGUCAUCCAUGUUCGACUACUUCAAGGAUGACGCGAACAGAGAGGUUUUGGCGAGAGUUUUCACUGCCCUUGCUUCCCAUGAUCCGGAGCUCAGCGAAGUCGCUGAACUCUGCGCUGAUCUGAAUUCUCGUUCAGCGAAGAAGCUUGGACCCGACUACGAGCGUCGCCUCCAAGCUUUCAGAAAGAUCAACGAGGAGAUGUCUCAAACUCUCAAUGCCAAGCAGUGGAGGCCUCUUCUGUUCAACAUGCUCUUCCACGUCAAGGAUGAAGAGGAACUGGCUAUCCGAUCUAGUGCCUCUUUUGGUCUGAAGCGUUUCAUCGAGAGAUCAGCGACCGAAGCCGGCGAUGACGCAUUCGAGGCUCUUGUCAAUGAUGUUCUUAUCUCGUCCUUGAAGUACGGCAUUCGCCAAAAGUCCGAGUUGAUCCGUUCCGAGAUUGUUGCCGUUCUCGGUUACUUCGUCAAGCUCAACCCCACCAGACCCUCCGUGCAGGAUAUGCAUGUUCUUCUUGUUGGUGAUGAUGACGAGGCAUCUUUCUUCACUAAUAUCCUCCACAUUCAGCAGCACCGUCGGCUGCGCGCUUUGCGUCGACUUGCUGCAGAGGCUUCAAAGGGAAAUAUCGAGUCCACCAACCUGGGCACCAUUUUCCUGCCGCUCGUUGAGCAUUUCGCUUUCGAUGCAGCUGAGGAUGAGAGUGGUCACAAUCUGAUUGCUGAAGCAGUCGCCACCAUUGGAUCCCUGGCUGAGUGGCUGGAUUGGAGUCAGUUCCGUGCCAACUUCCGAAGAUACCGCAGCUACAUGCAGAGUAAACCUGAGAUGGAGAAGAACAUCCUCAGACUCCUGGGUCGGAUGUCAGAUGCUUUGUCUAGCGCGAUGGAUCAGAAGAAGACGACCACUAACGAAGAGGUCAAUGGCGAUGUCGCCGGUGAUGUCAUUGCUGAUGAUGAUGCCGACAAGAUGGACUUGUCCGAUUCGACUUAUUGCAGGCUCACAAAGACACUACCAUCCGAUGACAAGGUCUCGUCAGAGUUAACAACCAACUUCAUCCCCUUCUUGACCAAUUUCAUUCAUCACAAGCAGGAGACUGAGAUGAGUCUUCGUCUGCCCGCUGCUGUCACGACAAUCAAGUUGCUCAAGAUUCUUCCUGAGCAGGAGUUGGCUAUCCGUCUCCCCGGAGUCCUUCUCGACGUCUGCAGUACUCUGAAGAGCAAAGCUCAAGAUUCUCGAGAUACUGCACGAAAGACGUUGAAUGACAUUGCCCUCUUGCUUGGUCCAGUCUACUUUGGCUACAUCUUGAAGGAGCUGCGUAACACUCUGCUUCGUGGUUACCAGCUUCACGUCCUGUCGUUUACCGUUCAUUCCAUGCUCGUCUUCACUACAGACCAUUUCAACCAAGGUGACCUGGACUACUGUUUGGAAGAUCUGGUUGCUGUCGUCAUGGAUGACACUUUCGGUACCGUUGGUCAGGAGAAGGAUGCUGAGGACUAUGUCAGCAAGAUGAAGGAGGUCAAGAGUAACAAAAGCUACGACUCCAUGGAGCUUCUUGCUAAGAAUGCCACAAUCCGCCAUCUGGCAAGCCUCGUUCGCCCGCUCCAAUCACUGCUGCGGGAGAAGCUCAACUCCAACAUUGUCAAGAAGCUUGACGAGCUCAUGCGACGAAUCGGUAUUGGUCUUCUGAGAAAUCCCCUUGCUGAAAGCCGUGAGAUCCUGGUGUUCUGCUACGAAAUCAUCAAGGAGUCUUACCAGGAAAAGGCUCCAGCUACUGCUCAGGCCAAAGCCCGGUCAGAGAGAGAGGAACGUUUCCUGGUCAGGUUGCAAGGAGGCAAGCGAGGCGAGAAACGUGGCACAACAUCGUCCCACGUUUACAAGUUGACCCGCUUUGCGCUUGACAUUCUGCGUGCCAUUUUGAACAAGUUUGGCUCGCUCUUGACUGCAGCCAACCUCUCUGGGUUCCUGCCUAUCAUUGGUGAUGCACUUGUGCAAGCCCAGGAAGAAGUCAAGGUCUCUGCUAUGCGUCUACUUUCUACUAUUGUCAAGCUCCAGAUUCCCGAGAUUGAUAAAAACUCCCACGUGUACCUCACCGAGGCCGUGAAGAUGAUCAAAGAGUCGCCAAGCACCAACUCCGAGGCUUCACAGGCUUCGCUGAAGCUGAUUUCCUCCAUGAUUCGCGAGCGACAGAGCACCAAGCUCCGUGAUGGGCACCUUGCAUAUCUCCUCCAGCGUCUAACAGCCGAUAUCGAGGAACCUGACCGUCAAGGUGUGACGUUCAGCUUCAUCCGGGCGGUCAUGUCGCGCAAGUUCGUUGUUCCGGAGAUGUACGAGCUCGUGGAUAACAUUGCGACCAUGAUGGUUACCAAUCAGACUCGCUCUGCUCGCGACCUGGCUCGGGGUACUUACAUCCACUUCCUCAUCGAGUACCCACAAGCCAAGAGCCGGUGGGCCAAACAGCUUGGAUUCCUCGCCAAGAACUUGGACUACAAGCACCAAGAAGGUCGGCAAUCGGUAUUGGAGGCAAUUCAUCUGCUCCUGUCGAAGACCGGCGAGGAGAUGGCUCAGGAUAUCGUCAGCACAUUCUUCUUGCCCGUUGUUCUCGCCAUGGCCAAUGACGACUCGUCGGAGUGCCGUGAAUUGGCCGGUGCAUUGCUGGGACAGUUCUUCAGCCGAGCAGACAGGGAAAAUAUGAAGACUAUUCUCACUCCCCUUCACUCUUGGUUGGAGCAGACCGACAACAUGGCUUUGGGUAGUAUCGGCUUGCAGGCCAUGCGGAUCUAUUUUGAGACCGAAGAGACCGAAAAGGAGAAGGAGGGACGCUUUGUCACCAGCAUUCUUCCAGGCUUGAUGCAGUCCGUCCUCGAGGAUCAGGAAGGUGCAAAUUGGGAGACUCUCUACUUCGCAUUGCAGCUUUUCACCAAGCUUUGCAAAACGAACCCAGCUCUUGGCCUGAGCGACGGCUGUGCCUCCAUUUGGGCCGCCAUUCAAGAAUCAAUGUUCUACACUCACGCCUGGGUCAAGACCUGCGCCGCAAACCUUAUCGGUAUGUGGCUGGCUGAUGUGGCGAAGACACAUGCUGCCACUGGAUAUAGUGAGAUUCCUUUGGCCUGCAGCUCUGGCCUCGCCCUGGACAGGGACUCGAUGCUCAAGCUGCUUCGGGCUAGUCUGCGGUCUCUUCGUACUCCUGGUAUCUCCGAGGAACUGGCCAUGCAGAGUGUCCGCAACCUGGUCUUCCUUGGUAGAUGCUGUGCGCAGAACGGUCUCGAGUUUCAGAAGACCGAAGCCGAGGAGGCCGAGGAAGCUCAGUCUGAAGAUGAGGACGAGGAUGAGGAUGCAGGAAGCCAAGUCAAUGGCGAAGACAACGAGACAAACGGGACACAGUCAAAGCAAUCUGCCAUUCGCUACAUCUUCUCGCAGAUCUCGUCACUCUUGCGCCGGGAGGUUAUCUCAACCAGACCCAAUGUCCUUGUCCCGAAGACUGCUUCCAUCGCUCUCCUCGCCGCUCUUAUUCGCCACCUCGGUGCCGAGCAGAUUCUCCCAUCUCUGCCGGUCAUUCUUCUGCCGUUGCAGCACUUGACGGACGCAUCUAUUCCCGCGCCCCGCUCCUCGGAUGAGACUUUCCAGAACACUUACAAAGCUCUCGUCGCGAACUGCCACGAAAUCUUGGACUUGCUGCAGAAGAAGUUCGGCACCACUGAGUACAUCGCCGAGAUGACCAAAGUUCAAAACCAAAUCAAGGAACGUCGUGAAGGCCGUCGUGCCAAGCGUCGCAUUGAGGCUGUCGCUGAUCCUGAGCGAUUCGAGCGUGAUAAGAGGAGGAAGAAUGAGCGGAAGAGAGUUAAGCGCCAUGAGAAGGGCUUGGAGCACCGCGGUAAGAGACGCGGUUGGUAA